GAACCUGAACAACAUAGAUGGAUGUAUAAUAGAAAUUAUCCUAAUCGCGGAUGGUUGAAUGAAGAAUUUAUACUAUGGGUAGCUAAGUUUAUUGACUAUGCCAAGUCGCUUUCUCAAUUUGGUGAUGAAGGCACGAUUAGAUGUCUUUGUGGGAAUUGCAAGUGUAGAAAGUUGUUGAAACCAGAGAUUGUUAAAUUUCAUCUUUAUAAAGAGGGAUUCAAAGAAAAAUAUCAUUUGCGGACUGCUCAUGAAGAGUUCAAGCCUAGUGUCAGCGCGCAUUUUCAAAAUUUUAGCGAUAGUAAGGUCAUUCAGUGGAAGACCUCCCAGGCAAAGGCUGCCCGAACAUCUAAAAAGGAUGGCUCGUUGCACACCGAGGGUUUAGUCACUAUGAGGAGUAGAAAGAGAUUGGUUUACAAGAGAUAUGGGUCUAGUGAUGAGGUCUUUCAUGAGACCCACACAAAGAAAAAGAAGGAUGGUAAAAAGGUUUGGGUUGAAUCGCAGGCUGAGCAAGCAUAUAAUGAGUAUAAACAAAGCUUGGAGAAGUACACCCGGAGUCGAUCGAUCGGCGAUCAAGAUGGGCAGCGUUCAAUCAACCGUCAUUCGUCCAGAUUUGCUGGUGCGUCUUCUUCUUCUUCACAGUCCUCUGUGAAUCAGGAUAAGUCGGAGGAUGAGUUGGAGGCAACACGAAGGAAGUUGGUGACAACGCAAAGACAGUUAGAGAUAACACAGAGGCUGUUGGAGUUAAGUCAAAUGUCUCUGCAAGAAAAGAACGAUGAUUACAAGCGCAUUGACAAAGAUAUAAAACGCCUCAAGGCUCAAGUUAAGUGGAUGGUGAAGUCUGUCGAGAAUAAUAAUAUUCGUUUACCCCUUUCUCCACAGACCGACUUUGAUAACAGUAAGCCAGUAAAUGAUGUUGCCCCUGGCGAUAAUGAUGUCUAGUUUCAUGUCCUUGUGUUUUUCCAAGUUGCUCGGACAUGGGUGCGGGUGUCCGACACGGGUGCGGAUCUAGAGGUCGGAUCUUUCAAGAUGUAAAUUCUAUGAUUCGGGGAUACAGAUCCUAGUACGGAUACG